AUGGAUGAAUAUAAUAAAAUUCUCAACACUCAGCGUGCUGCCAGACCUGUCUCCCCUCAUCUUACUAUUUAUCAACCUCAAAUAACGUGGUUUAUGUCUGGUUUUCACAGAAUUACCGGGGGCGCUUUGGCAGCUGCUCUUUAUGGAAGUGCAAUAGCAUAUGCUAUCCAAGGUCCAUUAGGAUUAGGAUUGAAUUCUGAUGCGUUUGUUGCUGAAAUAGCCACACUUCCAGCUUCCCUUAAAUUUGCUGGAAAAUUCGCUUUAGCUUUUCCAUUUACUUUUCAUGCUUUUAACG